AUGGGAAUUUUCUCUGACACUGAAAAAAAUGGCUGUGGAGCUCGCGAAAAUUCUUCUGAUUGUAGCUUGAGAAAUCUUGUGAGGAGAAAACAGGUUGAUUCUAAGCACACCAGAUCUUCCCCUUCCUCUGGAAAUGUCCAACACCAGCUAGCCAAGGCUUUGACCGCACCUCAUCUCAUUGCAAUAGGAGUUGGUGCAACUAUUGGUUCUGGGGUUUAUAUUCUGGUUGGUACAGUUGCUAGAGAGCAUUCAGGGCCAGGUCUGACCCUUUCUUUUCUGAUAGCUGGAGUAGCAGCUGGCCUAUCUGCAUUUUGCUAUGCUGAGCUAGCAAGUCGUUGUCCUUCGGCUGGGAGUGCAUAUCAUUAUUCUUACAUUUGCAUUGGAGAAGUCUUUGCUUGGUUGAUUGGUUGGGCAUUGAUGUUGGAAUACACUAUAGGAGCUUCGGCUGUUGCUCGUGGAAUAUCCCCAAAUCUGGCCUUGCUUUUUGGAAGUCCAGAUAGUCUCCCUUCGUUUCUUGCACGACAGACCAUACCUGGGUUCAACAUUGUGGUUGACCCAUGUGCAGCCAUCUUAGUUAUUGUGGUCACUGGACUUUUGUGUCUAGGAAUUAAGGAGAGUGCACUUGUUCAAGGAGUUGUUACCUCUGUCAAUACAUGUGCCUUAAUCUUUAUCAUUGUGGUUGGUGGAUACUUGGGUUUCAAGACUGGAUGGUGUGGCUAUGGACUUCCUACUGGAUAUUUUCCUUUUGGAGCUCAAGGGAUGCUUGCUGGUGCUUCAACUGUUUUUUUCGCGUAUACAGGAUUUGAUUCCGUCACUAGUACAGCAGAAGAGGUGAAAAACCCUGAAAAAGAUCUGCCUAUGGGUAUUGGGAUUGCACUUUCUAUAUGCUGCACGCUGUACAUGUUGGUUUCUACUGUUAUAGUCGGCUUAGUUCCGUAUUAUUCAAUGGAUCCAGACACUCCCAUCUCCUCUGCCUUUGCUAGCCAUGGCAUUAGAUGGGCAGCGUAUGUGAUAACUAUUGGAUCUUGUACUGCUCUUUGUUCAUCGUUGAUGGGGUCUCUCCUUCCCCAGUCUCGAAUACUAAUGGCAAUGGCUAGAGACGGCUUGCUGCCAUCAUUAUUUUCAGAUGUCAAUAAAAGCACUCAAGUUCCAGUAAAAAGCACGAUUGUGACGGGACUGGUAUCCACAGUAUUAGCAUUCUUCAUGGACGUGGAACAAUUGUCAGGAAUGGUUAGUUUGGGGACACUUGUUGCAUACACAAUGGUGGCGAUAUCCGUGUUGAUACUGAGAUAUGUUCCACCGAAUAAAGUUCCGGUUCCAUCGUCUUUUCAGGAAGCAAUAGACUCAGUUUCCUUGAGGCAUGCUAUCAGCUAUAGCUGUGAAGAUGUUUGUAACGAGAAUACAACAGUCUAUGCUAUAACCACAGUGAAAAGUCCACUUUUGUUCAGGAGAGAAACAACCGUGAAAUAUCUUUUCGUAAACAAAAAGAAUAGGCGGAAAAUUGCUGGCUGGGCAAUAAUGGUUACUUGUGUUGGGGUGAUUGUCCUAACGUCUGCUACUUCAAGUUCGACCCUCUGUAGCACUCUUCGGUACACACUUUGUGGAUUUGGCAUUGCUCUCCUUUUUUGUGGUUUGAUAUUGCUGACUUGUAUAGACCAAGACGAUGCACGCCAUGAUUUCGGCCAUGGAGGAGGGUUCAUUUGCCCGUUUGUUCCUUUGCUACCCGUUGCUUGUAUCCUAAUCAAUGUCUACUUGUUAGUUAAUCUCAGCGGUGGCACUUGGGCACGAGUCACGAUAUGGUGGGCGCUAGCACUGGUUGUGUACUUUCUGUAUGGCCGCAAGCACAGCGCGUUGAGGCAUGCUGUUUACGUGCCCUCUUCUCAUGUCGAUGAGAUUUACCAAACCUCCACAAACUCCAUCUCCGGAUCUGCUGCUUCCACUGAAGUUGCAGAAGAGGUAAGAGAGAGAGAGAGAGAGAGUGACCACGCAAUGUCGAACAUGGCGACCUCCGAGGUGACCGGCAAUGGCGAUUUCUGCAGUUGUCAGAAAAGGGCCGUAAUGAAGACCUCAUGGACAGACCAUAAUCCGGGAAGAAGAUAUGCUGCAUGUGAAAAAACUCGGGGCAAUGGAGGAUGCAAUUAUUUCUCUUGGAUUGACCCUCCAAUGUGCCCGAGAUCUAGACAAAUAAUUCCAACGCUUCUGAAACGUGUUAAUAGGCUUGAAGAUGAGUUGGCUACAAGGAAGUCUAGGGAGAAGUGGCUUUGGGGAAUGAUGGUUCUUUCUUGGUUGAUCAUGUUCUUUGUGAAAUGGUGA